UGAGCAGCUCUGGCCACUGGCACAAUAUCACUCUGAUCGAUCCGCCAACCAAGAGGAGAAGGGAUUUACUUUAUUCAACCUUUCAUUUCAGCCGUCCUUUAUUUUAUUGAACUAAAACAAUGGCAGACACACAAGUUGACUCCGGCUCGGAUAUCUCUGCCAAGGACCUGAAGGAGAAGAAGCUGGUGGAGGAGAAGGAGAACGGCAAAGAUGCUGCAACCAACGGAAAGGAGAACGAUGAGAACGGCGAGCCCGACGUAGACGACGAGGAAGACGAAGAAGUUGAUGAGGAAGACGAGGAAGAUGAUGGAGAAGGCGAUGAGGAAGACGAGGAGGACGAUGACGACGAGAUCGAAGGCGGCACAAAAAGGGCAGCUGAGGACGACGAUGACGACGACGAGGACGACGUCGAAACCAAGAAGCAGAAAACCGACGAUGACGAUUGAUGCGUUUCCCUCUUCGGCGCCAUCCUGCUGAACCACUUCCUGAUUCUUCACCUCUGACCGUUUUUUUUUUUUCAAAAUGAAAAAG